AUGCCUCACAAGCACAAAAGAAAGAGGGGAGAUGACGAAGCAGACUUCAACCUCCCUCCGACUCAAAGAGCACGACCUUUACAAGUAGGAAAGAAGAAGGCGACAACGGGAAAGGGGAAAAAGGAUGCAGAAGACACAAAAGAUAUCGCACCAAAGACGAAGAAGGGCAAGAAGGCUCGCAAGGACAACGAUGCACCUCGGGCUUUCAGACGACUCAUGUCUGUCGCACAGGGCAAGAAAGUGAGAUCCGGACUCGAUGAUGGUGAAGAUACAAAGACCGCAAAACAAAAGGCAGAGGAGCUCAAGAUCCGCCCAGGCGAAGAUCUAAGGGCGUUUGCUCAACGAGUCGAUGCCUCGCUACCAGUCGCAGGCCUUACCAAGAAGACGGCCAUCAAGGAUGGCAAGGAUGAGCAGGGAUUCAAGGUCUACCGCACUCGAAAGGAGAGAAACAUGCACAAACUUUACGCCCAAUGGAGAGAAGAGGAGCGAAAGAUCCAGGAGCAAAAAGAGGAAGAAGCAGACGAAGAAAUCGGCCGAGAACUCGACGAAGAUCCUACUGGUGUUGCAGCAAUUGCACGGGCAACGCUUAAUGAAGCAACAGGCAAGCGGGCACGACGGAAGGGUGGAAAGGUCGAUGACCCCUGGGAGGAGCUGAAGAAGAAGAGGGCGGAAGCCAAGAUUGCUGUGCACGACCAGGCGCAAGCCCCACCUGAGCUGAACAAGAAUCUGACAAAACAGAUCAGGAUUAAAGAUGCUACUGCGGAUGUUGGAAACAUUCCCAAGGCUGCGGGCAGUCUGAAGAGAAGAGAGGAGUUGCAGGAGGCUAGGGCGGAUGUUUUGGAGGCGUAUAGAAAGAUUCGGGAACAUGAACAGGCCAAGUUGCUAAGGGCAGGCCUCUAA